ACUAGCUGCUCCUGCCCUGCUCGGAGAGGGAGAGGGUGAGUGCAGGGCUGCGGCGGGACCGGCCGGAUCGGGCUGGCGCCAGGCGGAGACCCAAGCAGCAGGCGGCCGGGACGGCCUGGCGAGGCCCCUGAGGGGCGGGGCCGGAGGUGGAUGGGCCCGGGGCCGCGCUCUCUCCGUCCCUGCGCGGCGCCGGGCCGCUUGCUCCAGGAAUGGUACCUGGUACGCAGUUGGUGGUCAACAAUAUAUCUGCUCCGUCUCCUCUGGAUCCUGCCCAUCCCCUAGGAAGGGUCCCACAGGAAGGAAAGAGAAGGCAAUGGCUGCUCGGCCUCUGCCACUGGGAACUCAGUUUCAGGAGUCAGUGACAUUCAAGGAUGUGUCUGCAGAUUUCACUUGGGAGGAGUGGCUUCGUCUAGAUUCUGCUCAGGGGAAUCUGUAUGAGAAAGUGAUGCUGGAGAACUACAGGGACUUGGUUUCACUGGGGCAUCGGCUUUCCAAACCAAAUGUGAGUUCUCAGCUGGAACUGGAGGAACUGAGCCAGGUGACAAAAGAACUUCCAGCGUGCCUCUCUCCAGAAAACUGGUGUGCAAACGCCAGGUCUGCUUUUUUCCAGGUUUUCUUCGAUGUUACUGCCAGAUUAAGUGACCAUUUAGUCUUCUUAUCCUGUCCAAAAUCAAGACAAGAAAGCGUCGAGGACGGGGUGCUAUAUUCGGCUCUUGCCCAGCCACCAUGACUCACUCCUCAUAACCCUAUGGGAUUGGAAGACAAGACUUGAAACCAAAGAGUCAACUAUAAAGCCUAAUACUACUGAAGAUAUAGCUUAUGGGAUCUCCUUUGGACAUCAGAGACUUCACACUGGAGAGAAAAUGUGAGAGUGCUUAACUGGACAGCUCAAAGACCUGGUAUGUAGUCCUCAUCUGCCACUAACUUGGACAAGUCACCUACUUUCACCAGGUCAUGGUGUCCUUAUUUGGUAAAUGAGGGAUUUUGAAUUUAGAAGGUCUCCAGAAUCCUGAUUAGUUCUAAAAUGCUAUAAAUAUAACCAAUAUUGGGAAAUCCUUGACCUUUUACCAUGUUAUAUAUGUUAUCUAGAUGCUCCUAAUCUGCAGUCUGGUUUCCCUGGAUGUUUUGAGUCAAAAGUCUCUACCUCUACCAAAUGCUAUUAUUAUCCCUCCAUUUCCCCACCCCCACCCCCCAC